AGCCUCGUUUUGGUGUGGUGACGUCAGAGCUAUUUAAAGCGUUCGCAGUCUUUUGUCCGCGUUCAUUCCUGUCGCGCGUCGGUGUGAUCCGGUCUGUGUGGUGAGUACUGUCUGGUGGUUUUCGAGCCAUUACAUUAGUGUCCCCCCUUGUAGUGUGCGUGUCGCGGUCGGUGGUAUAGGUGGGCGCGCUGUGUGCUGGGUUCUCUGCGGGGCCGGUCCCUCCCCUGUGUGCGGCCAUCUCCAGCUCGGUCUGUGAGAGGGCGGCCGGCGCCAUUUUGAGAGGAGCGUGGUGUGACUCGCUGUGACGGGGUGUUAGGGCUCCAGGCCGCUAACUGAGCGCUGGAUGUAUGAUAUAAUUUAUUAAUGCGGGCUAUAGGGGGCUGCGACUGACUGAGUGUAGCGGCCGGUGAUCUAUUAAUCUACUGCAGCCUGUUACCGGGCCCCCCCCCAGCGCCGUGAGGGGCCGUGUUACCGGGUCCGGGCCCCCCCCAGCGCCGUGAGGGGCCGUGUUACCGGGUCCGUCCCCCCCCCAGCGCCGUGAGGGGCCGUGUUACCGGGUCCGUCCCCCCCCCAGCGCCGUGAGGGGCCGUGUUACCGGGUCCGUCCCCCCCCCAGCGCCGUGAGGGGCCGUGUUACCGGGUCCGUCCCCCCCCCAGCGCCGUGAGGGGCCGUGUUACCGGGUCCGUCCCCCCCCCAGCGCCGUGAGGGGCCGUGUUACCGGGUCCGUCCCCCCCCCAGCGCCGUGAGGGGCCGUGUUACCGGGUCCGGGUCCCCCCCGCGCCGUGAGGGGCCGUGUUACCGGGUCGCGCCCCCGUGUUACGGGUGCGCCGUGAGGGGCCGUGUUACCGGGUCUCCCCAGCGCCGUGAGGGGCCGUGUUACAGACAUUGUCAUCCUGCGGGAUCCGGGCGGUUUGUACAGAGCUCGAUGCACGGAGUCUGCAGACUGAGCCGCCAUUUUGUGCGAGGGAGUUCCAGCUCAGCUAGGGGGGGGGGGUCCUCCUGCCCGGGCCCCAUCUCAGCUAUGGGGGCGUCCUCCGGCCCCGUGUCAGUUAUUUGUGGGGGAGGGGGGAGGCAACAUGUGGUUACAAGUACAGCCAUUGCUUGCACAAGGACUGUUUAUUUGACGCAAUGCUUCUUCCCACGUUAGUCCACACGCACAAACAUGCAAUUUGGGCAUUCCCAAUUCUGUUCCAGUAGAGUUAAUGGCAAAUGUUUAGGUUCUGAAAAAUCAGUGUUACUUGUCUGUGCUCACUCAGGUGUGUUAUAGCAUGUGUCUAAUCUAAGGGAUUUACCCACUGGGAAAUAAAUUGCACAGAUGAAUGCUCUCAAGCCUGAAAAUAUCUUGUGGGCAAUAUAAUUAUUCUGUGCGUGGUACAAAGUUGGGAAAAGUGAGUUGUCGUCCAGGAUAUCUGCAUUUUUGAUUACUCAAUAACUUCCUUCUACAGCAGAGUCAAUGAAAUUAUUUUACUAAUAACUGCUUUUUGUUACAGACUAAUUCUAUCAAAAUGGUGGAAGCAGAUCGUCCAGGCAAACUUUUUAUUGGUGGCUUAAACACUGAAACAAAUGAGAAGGCAUUGGAGGGUGUGUUUUGUAAAUAUGGCCGUGUUAUAGAAGGUGAAUAUCAAAUUAAUUUAAACCUAACAUUUCAUAACAAGCAGUGAUGAACUCUUGGCAUUGAUCAAUUUUUGAACUGAUAAAGCCUACUUGUCCUCUAAGAAGUUCUGAGCUUUAUCUUUGGAUUUUGUGCAGUCCUCUAACAUUGAAUUUACAUUAUAAUCACAAGCUAUUUGAAUGACAGUGUUGUAUAGCUGAAUAUUUGUUUAAUUUCCUCCUAGUUCUUCUAAUGAAAGAUCGUGAAACGAACAAAUCCAGAGGGUUUGCAUUUGUCACAUUUGAGAGUCCUGGAGAUGCAAAGGAUGCAGCAAGAGAACUGAAUGGAAAGGUAAGCUUUCACUGCAAAGGUAAACUUCUAUGUUGCAAUCUUGCUCUAGUCAGCCUUUGGGAAGACCUUUCCUUAACCCAAACUUUGUCUGUGCAAGUGAAAACGCCAAUCACAGGAUCUUUGUUGAGAAGCCUCUAUGCUGGAGCUGUGAGCGCAGCUUUCCUUUAGCGUAACACUUGAGUUGUAAUGCAGGUCUUUGUGAAGGGAACAGGCAGACAAGUGCAUCUGUACUUGGCUCUGUUGAAGAAAACAGCCGAUGAGGUGUUUAUAAAGUGCUGGUUUCUGUUAAAAUGGUGUACUUAUGUCACAGAGCUGAAGUGCAAUUUUUCUGGAGUGUCUCUUUAAGGAAGCAUUUGAUUGGGUACACUUCCAUUAAAUGGCUGUAUGAGCCUACUUACUGAAAUGUUAGGUUCAAUGAUAGUUUAAACUUGUGGCACUUAGCCAUUCAAACGAUAGCUCACUUUUUGUGAAGGGGAAUGGGAUCUGCAUAUUUUUGUUCAUUAUGACAGUUUGGCGGUUUCUCAUGUGUAGGCUUUUGGAUGGAAAACCAAUCAAAAGUUGAACAAGCGACGACGUUAUUUGGGGCGGGAAGCGGGCGUCCACCUCUCCUCCACCUAGGAAAUUAAGUGGUCCCAAAGGAGGUCUCCGGGGAUCAAAGAGGGAGGGUGUUAGUUAUGUGCAAAAUAGCUGAAAUACAUUUUAAUUCCAACCUUUGGCAUUUGGUUAGACAUACAAAAUGACAUUCCAGGCUCCACUUGUUUUGUUCUCAGGUGCCUACUGGCAUCCGGUGGUGGGGGGUUUGUGUGUGGUUUUUUUUUUCUCUCUUGGCAAUCUACUUUUAAGAGCUUGGCUCGCUUUUGCAGGUGGCUCAAAAUGUGGAUUAAAUUGACUUGGCUCCGAAUAAAAAUUUCAGCCCAACAAGAGGCAACAUUAUACACAGGAAGAAAAUAUUAAGACUUUCUGAACACAUUUGUUUAACACUAUGGUGUUGGGAAUACAUGUUUGUAUUACAGACUUUCCUUUAUGUUAAUCUACCAUUUAAGAUUAAAAAAAACUUGGCAUCUGCUUCAUUAAUUUUUUUUUUAUUUAUUUAAAUUUUCUCUAGGUGGCUCUUCAAGAGGUCAAAUGCCUCUAAAAAGGGGACCCCCUCCUAGAAGUGGUGGCCCACCACCUAAAAGGUCUGCUCCGUCUGGUCCCAUUCGCAGUAGUGGAAUGAGUGGGAGAGGUAAGAUGUGGAACAAUGGGGGGGGGGGGGUAUAAUUUUAUUUUUUCACGUGCUUCAUGUAACUUGUUCUUACAGCACCGUUGUCACGUGAAAGGGAUGGAUAUGGAGGACCUCCACGAAGAGAGCCUAUGCCAUCUCGCAGAGAUGUUUACAUGUCACCAAGAGAUGAUGGCUACAGUGGAAAGGAUAGAUAUGAUAGGUAUUGCAAUGUUUGUACGCAUUUUGAAAUUGUUGUGGGUAUUUAUGCCUCAAGGCAUUAACGUAUGAAUUUUUUUUUUUUUUUUAGUUACUCUAGAGAUUAUCAAAGUUCUAGAGACUCGAGAGAUUAUGCACCACCCCCAAGAGAUUAUACUUAUAGAGAUUAUGGUCACUCAAGUUCACGUGAUGAUUACAGUUCUAGAAGCUACAGGUAAAUUAUACUCUGGUUUUGUUUAUUUUCCUUCAAUAGGCAUUGAAGAAAAUGUGCUAAUUUCUUACUUAUUGUUGUAGUGAUCGUGAUGGCUACAGUGGUGGCCGUGACAGAGACUACUCGGACCACCCGAGUGGAGGUUCUUACAGAGACUCAUAUGAGCCCUAUGGUAAGGUGUCAUUUUUUAUUUUUUUUUAAAAAGUCUUCUAUUUUCCAGGAUACGUAAAUGCCUACGGUGAAGAUACAAAUUUUACAAUAGGAAAUGGAACACUGCUAGUUUAUGUGGGGCAGAGGCAAAAAUUAGAUUACCAUACAUGGAAUGCUAAUUUUGAGUUGCACUGCAGCAAGAUCAAAUCAUUGCUCAAAGUGAAGCAAAUGCAACUCCCGGAUAUCAUGUGGCAGACUUUUAUCCUUUUAACGCUGCUGUUCUGGAGAUCAUAGCACAAAUGAGAUGACUUAAGUGUGCCUCCUCAGUAAUAGCCUAAAUCUAUUUUUAACGUGUAGAAUGCAAUUCCCUCUACUAGAAAUUCCCAACACUGCAGCCCUUACAAAACCCACACUCAGAUUACAGGAAAGUAAUAAGCUGCACUAUCAAAUUGAAAUGUGAAAUGUAACUCAUAGUAUUGCCCUAUUACCUGACCAUUGACCCUGCAGGUAACUCGCGUAGUGCUCCACCUGCAAGAGGGCCCACGCCAUCAUAUGGUGGAAGCAGUCGGUAUGAUGACUAUGGCAGCACACGUGAUGGAUACGGAGGACGAGACAGUUACUCAAGCAGCAGAAAUGAUUUGUAUUCAAGUGGCCGUGACAGAGUUGGCAGGCAAGAACGUGGAUUACCACCUUCAAUGGAUAGGGGAUACCCUCCUCCUCGAGAUUCAUACAGCAGUUCAAGUCGGGGUGUCCCGAGAGGUGGUGGUCGUGGUGGAAGCAGAUCUGAAAGAGGAGGUGGUAGAAGCAGAUACUAAAACAAAAAAAUAUUUAAAAUGGACCAAAACAUUCUAUAACAAACAAAUCAAAAUGGCAUUUAUUCUGCCUCUUCCACCAGCGGACUACUAUGAGGAAGUUUGUUUUAUUUAUCUUUACAUUUUAUUUUUAUUUUUUUUUUACCUGUAAGUUUCUCCUCCGUGAAUUUUAGCCUCAUGUGAGGAAGUUAAAUGCUUAAGCUUCGAGUUUUGUUACUUAUUUGAUAUGUAAAAUGUGUAGUUUGAGCUCUGUAUUAGUGUUGUAACUUUUUUUUUCUCAAAAGUAAAGUUUCACUGAAACUCCACUGAAUUUCCUUUCAUGAUUCCCCCAACUGUAAACACCCAAGUUCCAAUGGAGAUCAACACAAUGAAUAAAACUUUCAUUUUAACUUUUAAGUGUGUGCUGGUUAAGCCACUAACUUCAAUUACCUGAAUUACAAAUGUGUUAAGCAAAUGGGUUGUUUGGAUUACUAAAAUUUAAGUCCACUAAACACAAAACCAUGGAUAAUAUUCACUCACCACACCUGUUACCGUGAAACAAAGGACUUGUGCCCACUCCUCCUAAAGAAAUUUUAUCACAUGAUUACCUGCUGCAAUUUACAAGUAGUCCCAAUCACAAAGAAGCUACCCAACCAUAUGUGCUGUUACUGUUUCAAUGUGUUUGCAAAUCUGUAGUGUCACUUUUAAAGGAUUCAUUCUAACAACAAAUGAAGAGCCAAAUCCAAUGAUGCCUUCAUCUCAAAGACCAUGACAGCCUAAAACAAGUGAAUCUCUACUAUAAGCCACCAAAUGCCUGAGAAACUGCACUGAGGGUAAGCAAAGAAAACUAGUUGUUUUUUUUCCAAUCUAAGUCACUCUUGCGCUGCAUAUCUGCAUCAUUGUACAGAUUUACUGUACUUAAUGGAAAAUGAGUUAUUGAAACAUGGAAAGGCACUGCUGGAUAACAAAUCUAAACCCUAUUCUUGGAAUAGUAAAUAUACUCCAUUAUUUGGAAAGUUGAUGAUACCUUCAUUUAGUAGGAGGGGCAAGAUAUAUAAAUGCAUAUGUCAAAUAUUUAAGGCUGUUAGUGUCAUCUCUAGCCUCGGAUAUCCAUUAAAAUCAAAAGCACACUAAUUUUUAAAGCAGCUUGUUGCCACAUGCAAUCAUGAUGACACAUGUCAACCCUUGGUGAUCAAAACAAAACUUGAAUAGACUGAAGACCUCAAAAAAAAUCCUAUUCUAAUCAUGGCAGUGCUCAGUGGAAACUACAUGCCAUAAGUGAUCCCAAUGUUCCUUUCCAACAAUGCAUUCAAAGGAUACUUGCAUACUGAAAAUGUGGGAGGGUGAUAGCUGUUGUGAAACGUGGUUUUGGGUUUUUGUUUUUUGGGGGGCUGGGUUUUUUUUUAUUUUUUUGAAUAUAUUUUUCCUCUCAUAUAACCUAUUUUUUUCCCAGGUUGAUGGAAGUCAUGACACCUAGUAACUGUUGCAGUGUUGGUUGGCUUAAGGCCUAUGGUAAGUUUUUGGUGUCUCCCCAUAAUUGUGUUCAUGGGUAGCCUAUGUACUAGUGGGUAAUUGUGUAUAGAUGUAUUAAAAUUAUUUUAUUUUUUUAAAUAGAUGUCCUGAAAAAAACCUUGGUUACGUCAAGAGUGAUUUCCUGAAUGAGAAGAAGGUAUAUCGGUGUGGUCUAAUGAUCCUAGUUUACAUAAUACUGGUAACAUAAGCAUGGCCAAGCAUUUAAGCCAUCUGAAUGAUGGUGCAAUGCAGUACAGUAUAGGUCUGAAACCUCUGGUCCUCCAACAACCUUCUUGUAACCCAUGGGUGAGUUAUGUCUGAUUGCACAGUCAGUAACUUUGGCUUUCUGUUCAUCGGAGUGUGGAUUAGCUACUGAGUAUAUGCUGUGUGCUAGGUGUAACAUGCUAUCUGCACACAUUGCACGAGAUCCUACAGGAGAGUUCUGUUACAAUAGUGCUCCCUCUCGAGUACAGUUUAGCCACAUUACAUUAGGGAAGACCCUGAAGGGGCAGUUUGCAAAUGUUCUUUGACUUUGUGUCUGUGGUAUUGUUUCAGUAGGGUUUAUUCUACAACUUGUGUUUGUAUGUCUCUGGGCUCAUGUCUGCACAAAUUUAGUUUGAGAUCCCUGCAUUUGAGUAUUAAAUAUUGACUGGGUGCUGCAUUAAAGAAUGAGUUGUGUAAAAGCAUCAUGCAUGAAAGCAGACAAAUGAGUGGCACAUCCCUUUUCAUAACUUUAAAAACUGCACCAGAAGCAUUUUACAAAUUGCCCAAAUCAAAGUAUCAUGAAGUGACCUCUCUGUGGAUGGAAGCUGCUGUUCUUUAGCGUGGCUCUUAAUUUGUAUGACAGAUCCGUGCAAAUGUAUUUAACUCUUGCUGGGAUAACUGUUUGGUAAUGACAGGAGGGAAAAGGUGCAACUGGGGGGGGGGAUUGGUAAGUAUAUUUAACACCACAAAAUCUCUGAAAUGCACCUCAGCAUCUAUUAAGGUGCAACUGUUAAGUUUGGUGUCUUUGCAUAAUUUGCCCCAGGCAGCAGUGAGAUUUACUUACACACAAACCUAUCCCUUCCCAAUGCUGCCAUCCUCUUCAGUCUGCUCCUUACGAGCUCCUGGCAGUUCAGCUGCAUGUAGCCAAUGUUGGCACAGUACUUCUGCCCAUGUGAGACCUUGUUGAGCUUAAUUUUCCUAAAGCUGUUGCUGGUGACGGCAGUAACUCUGUCCAAAAUAAUUAAACAAUGUAGUACCCACUCUGUCUCAGUAUACCUUUUGUAAACCAGUUCGGAUUUCAGUGACAUUCCCUCAGUCAAUGAUUUUAUAUUAAAAAAAAAAAAAAAAAAAGCAAGCCUACCUUUUGUGGAUGCUUUUUGUUAAAGCUGCCUCGUAAACAAAAAUUACAUGGUCUUGCACAAGUCUGCUAAAAUUAGAGGUUUUUGUCUUUCAGCUUUAGGAAGCAUCGUCAUCCCCACCUCUACAAUG